AUGCUAAUCAAGUGUCUCAGACUGCUGUGGCUAGGCCUUGCCUAUGCCCAUGAUCACUCUCACUACGCCCAUGAGCGCGGCCGUUUCCACCAUCCACCUGUCCAGCGGGACAUGGUUCAGCCCUACAUCGGUACAAGACUGCUGGGCACAAUUGAUGUGCUCGCUCCACCGGUGUUAGUGGGAGAUACGCCUGCACUGCCGCCUGGAUCUCCUCAGCCGGCGCCAAGCUACAUGAAAGACAAUGUCAACAACUUCUUCGGUAGCACGCCAGAUCAUGGCUCCAUGACGGGCCCUGUGCUUGGACCAGUGAAUUCAACGGUGAAUGGCGAGAGGCACGGGCUGAUUCUUGCUGCAAAAGUCAGUAGUGACGACUACUGGCUGUCAAGUCUAGGGAGGGCGGGAUCGAUGCCCUUCGCCUCCGCCGGGUACCAAUUCUUUCGUAACGUCAAGGACUUUGGCGCCGUCGGAGACGGGGUCACGGACAACACAGCGGCCAUUAGCCAGGCCGUGGCAGCGUUCAGCUCGUCGGACCAUUCGACCCUGCGCUGUGGGGAGAAGUGUGGCUCGACCUCCGCGCUAGGUGCCGUGGUAUACUUUCCUGCUGGGACAUACCCCAUCAGCACGCCCAUCGUACAGUACUAUUACACGCAAUUCGUGGGCAAUCCCACCCUCAAGCCUGUAAUUAAGGGCGCGAAGAAUUUCACCGGCAUUGCGCUGGUCGAUACGGACUUUUACAUCCCCGGCGGCAAUGGGGCUGAAUAG